AUGAAUCCGCAGGAGAACUUCCGUGGCCAUAACGGUCUCUUUGACAUGUGGCACGAUUACAUGAACCUUGCGCCUUUGCAGGCGCGACUGUGCGCCCAGAGCGGUCCAGCACAGCACAACAAACUUCAGCUUCCGGAGCCGGCGGAGCACAAUCUGCAGCAGCACGUACUCUCCGCGAGCCGACAGACUUCAAGCCCAAGCACCAUCAGCACCAUUUCAGACCCCUCCCUCUGUGUUACCGGUGUCUGUUGUGGGUUCUGCAAACAAAACGGCGAGACUGCCGAAAUCUAUCGCUCCCAUCGGCUUAAGACGAAGGACGGCAGGGUCAUUUGUCCAAUUCUGAGGAAUUACACUUGCCCGAUCUGUGAGGCCACCGGAGACCGCGCCCACACCCGCCGGUACUGCCCACAGCGCAGCUCGUUUUAA